AUGAAGUACAGUGACGUGGACAAUGCUGUGCCUCAGAUCAACUGUGAUGUCAAAGCUGGGAAGAUCAUCAAUCCUGAGUUCCUGGUGAAAUGUCCAGCAGGAUGCCAGGACCCCAAAUACCACGUUUACGGUACUGGGGUCUACGCGUCUUACUCCAGCGUGUGUGGCGCCGCGGUUCACAGUGGCGUGCUGGAUAAUUCAGGAGGGAAAAUACUUGUCCGGAAAGUCGCUGGGCAGUCUGGGUACAAAGGAAGUUACGCUAAUGGUGUUCAGUCUUUAUCGCUGCCCAGGUGGAGAGAGUCCUUCAUCAUCUCAGAAAGUAAACCCCAAAGGGGCGUAACCUACCCAUCGGCUCUUACAUAUUCAUCGUCCAAACAUCCAGCUGCCAAAGCAGGUGAGCCCACGAAAGCCUAUGAGAAGCCAUCUAUUACAGGGACCACCACACAGCCUGUCACCCUGACACAGGCGUUAGCUAUCCCAGUAGCUGAGGCUACCCACAGAGCCACAUCGAAGCCAUUCACAGCAUCUGUAACCAGUGACCCCAGACCCCAACCCGUGGGCCACAGGAGCCAGGAUACGGGAGAGAUGGACCUGUGGAGGCCUGGACCAGUCCUUUUGGAUUCAGGAUUUGUGCCAAAAGAAGAACUCAGCACACAGUCUUCGGAGCCAGUGUCCCAGGGAGAUCCCAACUGCAAAGUUGACUUGUCAUUCCUAAUGGAUGGGAGCGCCAGCAUCGGCAAGCGCCGCUUCCGGAUCCAGAAGCAGUUCUUAGUGGACGUCGUCCAGGCUCUUGACGUUGGCCCUGCUGGUCCUCUCGUGGGCGUUGUUCAGUAUGGAGACAACCCUGCUACCCAGUUUAACCUCAAAACCCACACGAAUUCUCAAGAUCUGAAGACAGCUAUAGAGAAAAUUACCCAGAGAGGAGGCCUUUCUAAUGUAGGCCGCGCCAUCACCUUUGUGACCAAGAGCUUCUUUUCCAAAGCAAAUGGAAACCGGGGCGGCGCUCCCAACGUGGCUGUGGUCCUGGUGGACGGCUGGCCCACAGACAAAGUGGAAGAGGCGUCACGAGUCGCUCGAGAGUCGGGGAUCAACAUCUUCUUCAUCACCGUCGAGGGGGCUGCUGAAAGCGAGAAGCCGUACGUGACGGAGCCCAACUUCGCCAGCAAGGCGGUGUGCAGAACCAAUGGCUUCUACUCCUUCACCGUGCCGAGCUGGCUCAGCCUUCCUAAGACCGCGCAGCCCCUGGUGAAGCGGGUCUGCGACACAGACCGCCUGGCCUGCAGCAAGACCUGUUUGAACUCGGCCGACGUCGGCUUUGUCAUCGACGGCUCGAGCAGCGUGGGGACCAGCAACUUCCGCACUGUCCUGCAGUUCGUGGCCAACCUCAGCAAGGAGUUCGAGAUCUCGGACACGGACACGCGCAUCGGGGCCGUGCAGUACACCUACGAGCAGCGGCUGGAAUUUGGGUUCGACAAGUAUAACAGCAAAGCCGACGUCCUCAGUGCCAUCCGGAGGGUGGGGUACUGGAGUGGCGGUACCAGCACAGGGGCCGCCAUCCAGUAUGCCCUCGAACAGCUCUUCAAGAAGUCCAAACCCAACAAGAGGAAGGUAAUGAUUCUCAUCACGGACGGCAGGUCCUACGACGACGUGCGGAUCCCAGCCAUGGCCGCCUACCAGAAGGGGGUGAUCACGUACGCCAUAGGCAUCCAAUGGGCUGCUCAGGAGGAGCUGGAGGUGAUUGCCACUCACCCCGCCAGGGACCACUCCUUUUUUGUGGAUGAGUUUGAUAACCUCUACAAAUUCGUCCCCAGGAUCAUCCAGAAUAUCUGUACAGAGUUCAACUCACAGCCUCGGAACUGAGUUCGGAGCAGACAGUUGGCCACCUUACUGAUUCUUGGGACGAUCCCCCAGCAUUGUCCCUCUUUCUGGGGCAUAAGAAGAGGGCAGAGCUCGGGCAGGGCUUGGGGAAAUGCAUUCGUUGUUACUAUCCUUUGCCGUUUGUGGUUUAAAUGCUUCAAAGCCUGCCUGUUAAAAAACUGCCCAUCGAGUCGAGGGUUGGGUCCAAACGCUGCACUGUUUUGCGUGGGUUGGAGUUCACGUUUUGACAGUUGUACAGAUUCAGAAGACAGCUGUUAUGACAGGUUUGAAUUGAGCUUUUUAUGAGAAGUGUGUUUUUAUUUCUCAUUAGAACUAUGUAAUCAUUUUUAUUAUUUUUUUGUAGGAGUGGCUUAAAUAAAUGUUUAAAAGAAUUUCAUGGACAUUUUCUGAUCAUGUGAUAAGUCUCUAGGUUUGUGGUGGGGCCAUCCUCUACUAUUCCUUUUCUUGCAAAAAAAAAAAAAUCAGUACUAGAGCUGGGUAUGAACAAACAUGAGGUGGGAGGAGCUUGAUCAAGCUUCAUAUCCUCCACCAAGGACUGGUCUAUCUGCCUGUAAAGUACACAUUCAGUGCAUGCAAAGGCAUGGUCAGUGAUGGGCAGGGGAGCACACGCCUACAAUUCCAGCUACUCGAGAGGCUGGGGCAGAAGAGUCAUGAGUUCAAGACUUGACUAGUCAACUUCAUGAGACCCUAUCUCAAAAUAUAAAAUAAAUGUCCAAACAAAAAGGACCAGGGUGUAGCUCAGUGGUAGAGUACUUGACCAUCAUGCAGAGGGUGCUUGGUUUGAACCCCAGCACUUUAAAAUGUGUCAAGAAGAUCCCUAGAUAUAGGUGACUAUUUACUAAAGUUUUAUUUUAUUUAAUGAAAAUCUGUGGUGGGAUGGAGAGAUGGCUCAGCCAUUAUGAGCACUGGCUGCUCUUGCAGAGGACCAGGGUUCCAAUCCCAGCAUCUACGAGGCAGCUCACGACUGUCUCUAACUCCAGUUCAAGCAGAUCUACUGCCCUCAUUGACCUCCAUGGGCACCAGGCAUGCAUGUGGUGAACAGACAUACACGCAGGCAAAACACUUGUACACAUAAAAUA